UUGAAUCAGCUGUCAGACCAUCAGACAAAAGUAUAUGGGAACAAUGAAGAUUUAAUCAGACCUGAGAUCGGCGCCUUACGCCGCCUCAACGGCAGAUUGAAGGAAGUAAAAAGAAAAGCACAAAAAAUAACCUGCGAGGCAAACCGGAGCAGCAGCCAGCUAUUCAGCCUUUUCACCGCGGGAUGUGAGUCUCUACAAUAACGGAAGACCGCUGUGACUUUGAGAGGACCAAACAGAGUUAGAGAGCCGCUUUUUGUGCUGCGUCUGAGGUUUUAGAGAAGUGGUGAACCUGCAGCGUUUCUACGGAACAGCCUUUUCAAAAGAAGUUGCAAGCUAGCGCGAAUCUAGGUUUCACAUCUCAGCGUACGUUAAGCUCCAGCAGCGACGUGAGUGUGUGUUGGGACUAUUUUUUAAUGCAAACCUCCGCAGUCUUGGGCGUGUCAGUGAGCAGCCCUCCUCGGCUUUGUUUCUUCGGUCUGUGCCAUCCAUCUCAUCAUGGACAGCCUGCUGAGCGGGGCCAGUAAAGGGGCCAAUGCCCUUCAGUCAGCGCAGACCUCAUCACGUCAUAGAUGCCACUCGCUGUCUUUGCCCCUGUAUGAGUGACCGUUAAGGAAACAAUAAAGCUUAAAUUCCUCUUAGUUUGAACAAAAGAGCCAUGCAUCCGCUGUUGCCCCUCUGUGUUUUUUGGCUGCUACCCCUGGCUUUGACCCUGGAAGAAGACUCGUCACUGGACUGUGUCCCCCGUAGAUCUGUGCCCUACCAUAGGGACAACGCUCACCUGUUUCACGAGGAGGGAGUGUUCAACUACUCCACCAUGCUGUUGAGAGAAGAUCUGGACCUGCUAUUGCUCGGUGCCAGGGAGGCAGUGUACGCUCUUGACCUCAACGACAUCUCCAAGAAACUUGCUUCCGUUAAAUGGGAAGUGACACAACAGCAAAAAGAUGAGUGUAAAAAUAAAGGAAAAGAUCCUGAGACGGAGUGCAAGAACUAUAUCAGGAUCCUGCAUCAGACGGAGGAUAAUAAGAUGUAUGUGUGUGGAACCAAUGCUUUUGAUCCUGAAUGUGAUUACAUGUCCUACUCCAAGGGAAAGCUGACUCUUGAGAAGAAAGGAGAGGAUGGCAAAGGGAAGUGUCCAUUUGAUCCUUUCCAGAGAUACGCCUCCAUUAUGGUUGAAAACAACUUAUACUCGGCCACUUCAAUGAACUUCCUGGGCUCUGAACCCGUCCUGAUGCGCAGCUCUCCUGUUUCUAUACGCACUGAGUUCAAGAGCUCCUGGCUUCAUGAGCCCAACUUUGUUUCCAUGGCUCAGAUGCCAGAGAGUUAUCUGAGUGAGGAGGGAGAUGAUGACAAGGUUUACCUGUUCUUCAGUGAGUCAGCUGUGGAGUGCGACUGCUACAACAAACUGUUGGUUUCCCGUGUGGCCCGCGUAUGCAAGGGGGAUCUUGGAGGUCGGAGGACCUUGCAGAAAAAAUGGACAUCCUUCCUGAAGGCCAGAUUGGACUGUCCAGUGCUGGAGUCUCAGCUGCCGUACAUUAUCCAGGACACUUACCGCUCGUGUGACCCACAGAAACACUGGAAGGACUGUUUGUUCUACGCCGUCUUCACACCACAGUCAGACACAUCAGACCUGUCUGCAGUGUGUGCGUACCGCGUGUCUGACAUCAGCAAAGUGUUUGCGGAGGGCAAGUACAAGACCGCUGUCCCCGUAGAAACCUCUUUUGUUAAGUGGGUGAUGUACAGCGGAGAAGUCCCCGUCCCUCGGCCUGGAGCUUGCAUAGACAAUGAGGCUCGUAAAGCGGGCAUAACUCAGACUCUGGACAUCCCAGACCAGACCCUUCAAUUUAUCAAAGAUAAGCCCCUCAUGGACCAAGCUAUCCAGCCAAUAGGAGAGAGGCCUCUUCUGGUGCGAAGGGGAGCUACAUUCACACGCAUCAUAGUCAACCGAGUGCAGGCUGCAGGUGGCGAGAUGUACCAUGUGAUGUUCAUAGGCACAGAGGAAGGCACAAUGUUGAAAGCAGUGAACUACGACGGAGAGAUGUUCAUCAUAGAGGAAGUGCAACUCUUCCAGCCCCCAGAGCCAAUCAAGAUUCUCAAAUUCUCUAAUGUCACGGGUCAGCUGUAUGCCGGCUCAGACUACGGAGCAGCACAGACACCACUGGCCACCUGCGGGAGGUCCUUAUCCUGUAUGGACUGUGUUCUAGCCAGAGACCCAUACUGCGGCUGGGACAAAGCUGUUGGGAAAUGUGUUUUCCUUUCUAGUUCACAAAGAGAACUAAUCCAAAGUUUGAAAGAAGGCGAUGCCUCUCUCUGCCCAGAUGCUGAUCCUGUGAAGCCUAUGAAUCGGUCCAUCUGGCCCGGGGGAAACCUGAAGCUCCGCUGCCCUUCGCCUUCCAACCUGGCAAAGACCAGUUGGGAGCGGCACGGCAGCCCUCUGACCACUUCGACACGCCUCCAGCUUCUACGAGACGGAUUGCUCAUCCUCAACGCCACAGACUCCGACACCGGUCGGUACCGCUGCCUGUCUGUGGAGCUCUCCAAAGCUGACGAGUACACGACCACUGUGGCCGAGUACCAGGUUAGCAUGGCUACAGCGGGAUCUGGCGGCAGGAGUGUGAUUCCUCCCCAGGCUCGGAUGGACGGCCCCUCUGUCGCUGGACUUCAGGUCGUAGUUGGGCUUCUGUUAGUUUCUCUGCUUGCCCUUUUGGGUUGGAACUUUUACAAAGGUCACCUACCGCUGCCCUGGAACUGCAGAAAGAAGAAUAGAGAGCAAUCCCAGGAGACCCAUGAGCAGGGGGGGCUGAACGCCAGCGUGAAGUACCAGGAUGCUCUGAGGCCUGCACCGGCAGAGGACAAGCCCCUGGUGUUGGGAGCAAACAACGGAAGGAAUAACAACCACACUGGAGAGGAGGCGGUGGCAUUCAGUGUAGAGGAGAAUGACAACCCACAGGCUACUCUUCCAUCUCUGCAGUAUAUUGAUGACGAAUCAGACAUUUGAAAAUGACAAGCGCAUUUAAAUUUCCCGUUGAACGGCGCUAAAGUUUGAGAAAUUAACAAGAAUACCCCAAACUAUUUGGAUGCAUCAGUUCAGAUUGAUCAAAUCUCAAUUUAUGGGAGUAUAAAACAUAAGUGGUUGAAUCUUUGAGACAAAGAUUCAAUAACAGGAUUUUUGUAAAAGUAUGAGAGACACUUGAAUUUCUGCUUUAUUCUGUAGUUUUAAAAUGUUGUGUAAAGUGUUUUAGCUCCCUACUAAUCGUUGUAAAUCCCAUUAUAGAUUUUAAAUAUCUUUGAAAGAUUGGUUUGAUUUUCACAGGGAAUGUACAAUAACUGAAAUUGAGCCAUUUCAUGUGUAACCACUAGCUGCAAUAAUUGCUUUAUUGUAUUAAAACUUUUCUACCAACAGUGUGAACUAGUUUUCAACAAGAUCGGACAUGCCAAGAAUGUGAAGAGCAGAUGUGGAAGAUAGCUGCAGUUAUGAAUCAUCUGCGUACUUCUGUUUAUGUACAUCCAGUCUCUUUC